ACGCGGAGCCGCCUGGCAGCGAGGACGCCCGGCUGGAGCUGCCCUCCGCGGCCGAGCCGGCGCCCCCUGCCCUUCGCCGCGGCGUGGGGCGGGCACCCCCGCCGCCCUCGCUCGGCGUCUCCCGGCUCCCCUCUGCGCUCCCGCCCGCAGAUCCCCGAGCUUCGCCACCGCCGGGGGCCGCGGGGCCGGCGCGAUGCGGCGGCUGUGCCGGGGGCGCGUGCUGGGUAUCUCGGUGGCCAUCGCGCACGGGGUUUUCUCGGGCUCCCUGAACAUCCUGCUCAAGUUCCUCAUCAGCCGCUACCAGUUCACCUUCCUGACCCUGGUGCAGUGCCUGACCAGCUCCACCGCGGCGCUGAGCCUGGAGCUGCUGCGGCGCCUGGGCUUCAUCGCCGUGCCCCCCUUCGGCCUGAGGCUGGCGCGCUCUUUCGCCGGGGUGGCGGUGCUCUCCACGCUGCAGUCCAGCCUCACGCUCUGGUCCCUGCGCGGCCUCAGCCUGCCCAUGUACGUGGUCUUCAAGCGCUGCCUGCCCCUGGUCACCAUGCUCAUCGGCGUCCUGGUGCUCAAGAACGGCGCGCCCUCGCCGGGGGUGCUCGCCGCCGUGCUCAUCACCACCUGCGGCGCGGCGCUGGCAGGAGCUGGCGACCUGACCGGCGACCCCAUCGGGUAUGUGACGGGCGUGCUGGCGGUGCUGGUGCACGCCGCCUACCUGGUGCUCAUCCAGAAGGCGAGCGCCGACACCGAGCACGGGCCGCUCACCGCGCAGUAUGUCAUCGCGGUCUCUGCCACCCCGCUGCUGAUAGUCUUUUCCUUCGCUAGCACCGACUCUAUCCACGCCUGGACCUUCCCGGGCUGGAAGGACCCGGCCAUGGUCUGCAUCUUCUUGGCCUGCAUCCUGAUCGGCUGCGCCAUGAAUUUCACCACCUUGCACUGCACCUACAUCAACUCCGCCGUGACCACCAGCUUCGUGGGCGUGGUGAAGAGCAUCGCCACCAUCACCGUGGGCAUGGUGGCCUUCAGCGACGUGGAGCCCACCUCUCUCUUCAUUGCCGGCGUCGUGGUGAACACCCUGGGCUCCAUCAUUUACUGUGUGGCCAAGUUCUUGGAGACCAGAAAGCAAAGCAAGUACGAGGACUUGGAGACGCAGCCCACGGGAGAGGAGGCUCAGCCAAGUGGAGACCAGCUGCCGUUUGUCAUGGAGGAGCUGCCAGCAGAGGGUGGAAAUGGUGGGUCAGAAGGUGGGAAGGCAGCAGGUGGCUCCUCUCAGCAGGGCAGGGGAGAGGCAGGGGGCAGCCCCAGAGGAGUCCCGCUGGCGGUUAGGAGCUCUCAGACCUCAGAAGAAAUGAGCAAGAAGUCCUUGAAGGACGCCUACCUCGAAGUGUGGAGGUUAGUUAGGGGAACCAAGUAUAUGAAGAAGGAAUAUUUGAUAGAAAAUGAGGAGUUACCCAGUCCUUGAAAAGGAAAUGCAUAUAAUGUAUAUAUGUACAUACACUUAUUUUAUAUGUUACAGAUGACGUAUUUUAAUGAGGAGCCAUCCGAUUUUAUUCUUUGAGGAGUGGGGAAAGGAAGCAAAGAUAGAAGCUCAAAGGGACUACAGCAACAAAAUUAGCACUGACAUGAAUUAUUUAGCAUGAGUUUACCUGAAGCAUCGGAGACAAAAGAAUGUGCAGGUGCUUCACAAUGUAAGGCAGCAGUUUGAGCUGCAGACUCCUGGCACAUUUUAUUUUGUCCGUAUAACCAUAAUCAAAUAUCUGCAUGUACUAAGCGCCCCUCUUUCCAAAGAUGGAGUAUAGAAAUGACAGCUUGAAAUAAGCUCAGAGGUUACAUACAGGGUGCAUUUUGAUGAUAGUUAGAACUGCAGUUUUUAUGGCCAGCUGGGUAAAGAGUAGAUUCUUGAAAUGACAUCUAUCUACACACUGAAUCAAUGUUUACUGUUUAUAGACAUUGAUAUAUCAUGUUUACUAUAAUUUUCACUUGUUUUUCAAU